CCAUGCAUGAGUCUCUGGUCAGCAUGGUGCUGGGGGAAGGAGCAUGGACAUGAAGAUGACCAAGACGUGAGGCACCCAGGGUCGGAUGGGGCUGAGGUCACGUGCUGGCAGCUCCUGGCUUUGCUCGCAUGCCAUCCCUCUCUUUCUCUUUCUGUCUUACUGGGUCCAUCUCUGUCUCAGUCUGUACAUCCUGAGGACUGCUUGAGAAAGCAGUAAUAGCACAGGAAUUCAGUCCAUUUAGAAGGGGCCCUGUGAGAGCUGGGCUGGUCCUGGAAGGCUGCCUGGAGGAGGUGAGAUAUGUGCUGGGUCUUGAAUGGGCUGUGUUUCCUUAGGGCAGAGCCUGCAAACCAAAAUCCAGCUGCCAGGCUGGUAAUGGGAAGGAGUAGAGAGGGUGGGUGUGGGACAAUAGGGGAUGGUGGUGACUGUGGUUCCCCAGGAAGCACCUGUCCCCAGGUACUGCCGCAUAGAAACGAUGGCUUACCUCGCUGGAUCUUCUGAUUUUAUGAAAGAAGCAAGGAGCCCAGAUAUUUAUUGGAAAUUUCCCAAUAUUCCAAUCAAAAAGGAAGAAAGGGUCUGUGGCUGAUUUGGCAGCAGUCAGGCUGGCAGUUUUCAGCCCCACCUUAGGGGCUGGAGGGCCAGGAGGGUCUUUGGUGUAUUGCUGCUGAGUGGCUGAGCUUAUGGGCCUCCUGCCUCCCCCGCUUCUCCCCACCAAACUGUCCCAGCAGCGGUGUGACAGGGUAGGCCUGCUGCUGCCUGAGCUUUGGGGCCGCAUGCCAGUUCCCAGGCUUCACACCGCAGUCCUGAGGCUGGCCCUUGACCUCUGUCCCUCCUUCCUGGCUAUGGCUUUACCUCUGGUCCUUCCCUCCCAGGGCUGUUACACGGUGAUCCUCAACGCCUUCGAAACUUACGUCUACCUGGCCGGAGCCCUCGCCAUAGGGGUGCUGGCCAUCGAGGUAAGUAAAGGCCCCCGCUUCUGUGGCUCCUCAGAAGCAAGACAGACACCUACACAGGGUCUCAGGCAGAUCCCCCAUGGCCCGCACCCCCAGCCUGCCUCCGUCUCCAGGUCCUUAACCCAGGACCCAGUGGGUCCCCACUGCAGGGACGAUGGGCAGGUAGUAAGCCCAGCCGUGUCUGUCUGCCGCCUGCGAGUCAUCCUGGGACUCUGGACACAUCUGAGCAAGUCUGCGGGCAGUGGGGAUGGACAGGCCCUGAGAGUCACUGCCCUCACCCCUACCCACGGUCCAGAGUGAACUCUCACUGAAGGAUCAACGCAGCUGAUUUCAGGGAGGGGCUACAGCCUGUGCUUCUGGAUCAGGCCCAUUCUCUGUGGGGUGUUCAGGGCCUGCGGGGCCUUGUGAACCUCACAAGCGCACGUUGAGCCCCAGAGGUGAAGACAGAAGGGCCCUGAGCCCCCUCAGACGGAAGGCAGCCGCAGACUCUUGGAGCCACCACUAGGUGGCGCUUUGGCCAAAGGGCAGAGCUGCCCCCUUCCCUUCUACCACCCUCUCCCAGAUCUCAAACCCGCUGCCCUGGGAGGUUGGACAGAGGGCUUUGCCCAGGCCCGCCCAUCUCAAGAAAGGGGCGGCCAGUCUUCGGCCAGCCAGGAAAUGAAAUCAG